AUGUGUUCUUUCUUGCAGUCUGACCAGUUAACAGAAGAACAAAUUGCAGAGUUCAAGGAGGCAUUCAGUCUGUUUGAUAAGGACUGUAAUGGAAUUAUCACAACCAAAGAGUUGGGGACAGUGAUGAGAUCACUUGGUCAAAACCCAACAGAAGCUGAGGUACAGGACAUGAUCAACGAGGUGGAUACAGAUGGAAGCGGAACGGUAGAUUUCCCAGAAUUCCUCUUGAUGAUGGCACGGAAGAUGAAAAGUACCGAGUCUAACGAAGAGAUACGCGAGGCAUUCCGAGUAUUCGACAAGGAUGGAAAUGGUUGCAUCAGCGCGGCAGAACUACGUCACGUGAUGACAAAUCUUGGCGAAAAGCUAACAGAUACUGAAGUUGAUGAGAUGAUCCGAGAGGCUGAUAUAGAUGGAGACGGCCAAGUGAAUUACGAAGAAUUCAAAGAGGCAUUCAGCCUUUUCGACAAAGAUGGCGACGGUACCAUUACAACAAAAGAAUUGGGAACAGUGAUGAGGUCACUAGGUCAGAACCCGACAGAAGCUGAACUACAGGACAUGAUUAACGAGGUAGACGCUGAUGGAAAUGGUACAAUUGAUUUUCCCGAAUUCCUCACCAUGAUGGCCCGUAAAAUGAAGGAUAGCGAUAGUGAAGAGGAGUUGAGAGAAGCGUUUAAAGUAUUUGAUAAAGAUGGAAAUGGCUUUAUCAGUGCAGCUGAAUUACGACACGUUAUGACAAAUCUAGGAGAAAAACUAACAGAUGAGGAAGUGGAUGAAAUGAUCCGAGAGGCUGACAUCGAUGGGGAUGGGCAAGUUAAUUACGAAGAAUUUAAAGAGGCGUUCAGCCUGUUUGAUAAGGAUGGCGAUGGUACCAUAACAACCAAAGAGCUGGGGACAGUGAUGAGGUCACUAGGUCAGAACCCGACAGAAGCCGAUUUACAAGACAUGAUUAACGACGCGGACCUGGAUGGAAAUGGUACAAUUGAAUUUCCGGAAUUCCUCAUCAUGAUGGCCAAUAAAAAGAAGGAUAAUGACGAAGGAUUAAGAGAAGCCUUUACAGUAUUUGAUACAGACGGUAAUGGUUUUAUCAGUGGAGAUGAACUCAAACACGCAAUGUUAAAUUUAGGAGAAAAACUAACGGAUGAGGAAGUUAAUGAAAUGAUGAAAAUGGCUGACGUCGAUGGUGAUGGACAAAUCAGCAUCGAUGGUAAGUUCAUAUUUUUGUUAUAG